UUUCGGUCCUGCGUGAAGCCUAGAGCCCCUUCGGCCGGUCCUGCGGACCCUCCCCUGGGUCCUCGGGCAGCGCCCGCCGCCGUCAAUGUGAAGCCCCCACUGCAAGCCGCUGGCGAGGGAGACCGGGAGCCAGAGGGGGUCUCCGCAGCCGGGAGGAGGGCCGCGAUCGCGAAGCCGCCCCGCCGCGGGCGCUCCCGGCCCCUCUCCGGGGAGCGAGCCCCCCGGGCCUCCCUCGGACGGCCCUCUGCCCCCGCGGCGCCGCCCCCGCUCUCCACCCGCACGCGCCUCGUCGGCUCGUUCGUUCGCCCCGCGGCCGCCUCGGCCACCGUCUGGCCUCACCCGGGCCCGGCUGCAGGCGAGGGAGGCAGGGCUCGCAGGGGGUCGCGGCUCCGGGAGGCGGGCGGGGCGGGCGAGGUCCCCCGGACACCGCCGCGAGCGGAGCCAGCGUCCUGCGCGCGCAGCCCACGCGGGGAGCAGCCGGGGCGCGCAGUGCCCCCCCGCGGCCUAGAGCGUCACCGAGAGCCGCCCGCGCCGCGGCCUCCCGGGCAGCCGAGCGCACAGUCCUCCCGCGGCCUAGAGCGUCACCGGAAGUGCCCGCGCCGCGGCGCUGGGGACGGCGGCGCUUCCGGCGGACGGCGGGGCUGCAGGCAGGUGUACCCGCUGCUGGCGUUCCCACAAGGCACAGCGAGGCGCGCCCCCAGGUCUGGUCUCCAGCACACCAAUGAGACGGCCACCCUGAUGGACACACACACAGCGUCCCUGGCGCCGGCGGCCGGCGGCCGUGCCGCUUCAGUGGCGGAGCGGGGGGCUCCGAGCACAGUGCCAGCGCCGAAGCAGGAGGCUUCCGAAGAAGGGGGGUGCCGCGGGGAGAGCGGUCCGGGGCCGGCCCGGGGGCCUGCCCGGGCGCCGCGGCUUCCGGACGGUCGUGGGGACGAGGAGGCCGGAGGCUCCCCCGGGCCACCAGCCGUCUCCGAGAAACCCGGAGGGGGGGCCGGCCGGGACAGCAGCGGGGUCGCCGCCCCCGACGCAGGCUCCGCGGCGGGGGGGAGAGGCCCCCGGAAAGGGCGGCCUUACCAGUGCGGCGCGUGCGACCGCAGCUUCCAGUGCCACUCGGACGCGGCGAAGCACCGGAGCAUUCACUCCGGGGCGAAGCCGUUCGCCUGCAGCGACUGCGGGAAGGCCUUCAUCCACAGCUCGCACGUGGUCCGCCACCAGCGCACGCACCACGGCGAGCGGCCCUACGUGUGCGAGGAGUGCGGCCGCGCCUUCGGCCAGAGCUUCAACCUGGUGCGCCACCGGCGCACGCACACGGGGGAGAAGCCGUUCGGCUGCGCCGAGUGCGGCAAGGCCUUCGGCCAGAGGUCGGACGCCGCCAAGCACCGGAGGACGCACACGGGCGAGCGGCCGUACGCCUGCGGCGAGUGCGGGAAGGCCUUCGUCCACAGCUCCAACGUGGCCCGCCACCGGCGCACGCACCGCGGGGUCAGCCCCUACGUGUGCAGGGAGUGCGGCCAGGCCUUCGGCCAGAGCUCCAACCUGCUGCAGCACCGGCGCGUGCACACGGGCGAGAGGCCCUUCCGCUGCCCCGAGUGCGGCCGCGCCUUCAGCCGCAGCUCCUUCCUCAGCGAGCACCGGCGCAUCCACACCGGCGAGAAGCCGUACGCCUGCGGCGAGUGCGGCCGCGCCUUCAGGGCCCUGUCCGGCUUCUUCCGGCACCGGCGGGUGCACAGCGGCGAGAAGCCCUUCCGCUGCGGCGAGUGCGGCCGCGCCUUCCGCCUGAGCUCGCACCUGAUCCAGCACCGGCGCGUGCACGGCGCCGAGUGAGCCCCGCCCCGCCGCGGCCCGGGGAGGGGGGGGCGGCCUCCGGGCUUUCCGUGCUGUGCCCGCGGCCACCCUGGCCCGCAAUCGUUAGAGGAGGGGGGCCUUAGGGGAGGCUGGUCUUCCCGGAGGGGACGCAGGCCUCCCCGAAGACGGGGCUCGGAUGGGGAUGGGGGGGUCCACCUGAACUAAUCCCGCGUCCACACGCCUCUUGCGGAGGUGUGAUUCGCGUACGGUGAAACGCACGGAUCUCGCGUGCGGGUUUCCGGAGACUGGACAAACCAUCUGAUCUGACCUUUAGAACCAUCAUUCUGUCCAGAUUCUAGACUAUUUCCGUCGCCCCCUUCAGCCGUCAGCAUCAGAGGCGAGCAGCGACCUCGUUUCUGUCACUAUAGUUCUGCUCGGUCUAGAACUUGAUGUAAAUAGAAUGAUUUAAUAUUUACUUUUCUGUCUUCCUUCUUUCCCUCUACUCCAGGUUUUUGAGAUCCGUCUAUCAGUGUUUUGGUUUGUUUUUGUUCUUGUUUAGUUCUUUUAAAAGGCAGGAGUCACUGUCGACUUUGUAUCAAUCUGUGUUUAUGUCUGUGUGUCUCCACCCAAGUACAGCCCUUGGUACAGAAAAUGCCACAGCAGAACAGACUCCACGGAAGAGGGAAACGUGUAGGGGAGUGUGUGAAAGAUGGCACACGGAGGAGAGCGCAGGCUGGCAGGAGGCGGCGAGAACACAACUCUGCCUUCGGUGAGCGCAGCUUGGAGAGCUCUCUCUGCUCAGCCUCGGAAACACAGUGCAAGAAAAGGGAGUUUAAGAUACCGGUACUUUGAACAAAUGUUUCCCCAGCACACACCUGUCCAGGCUUUGUGCCACUCUGCUGGGAGAGACAGAUUCGUGUGACAUCUGCACGCGGGGACUUCGCAGGUUAGAGAGGUUACAGACCAGGGUAACGAGCCAUGCGGUGUCCAACAAAAAGUCCAGGAACAGAAGUUCCUCCAGGGGACGAAGCACAGGACAGAGGUGCACACCCAUGACGGGACAAGGUGAAGACGCCGGGAAGGGCUCCCAGGGGAGGUGACGCCUGAGCUGGUUCUUCAGGAGUUUUAAUCAACAAACGGGCUAAAUGUGUUCAAAGCAGGUCAGGGUGCACUAGGGGGUGUGAAGGGGUAUGAGAAAUGUGCUCACCCACAGGACCUCGCAAUCUGCAGUCAGAAAAGGCAGGAAGUAAAAUUUAAGUGAAUUCACUGUUCUUGACUUAACCUUUCAUAUCACACUGUGACAGCGUCGUGGAUAUAUGUGUCACCUGCCAGGUAAGAAUGGUGAGAUGUCUUUGUCACAUGUCCUAGAACUCUGCCGUAAUGAAUUGAGUGAGGUCCUGUUGUUGAAAGUUUAUCGUGGAAGAUAAAUCUGAGCAGUCACCUGGCCAUGAGUUCUGGGGUCCAGCUUCAUGAUCCAAAUCUAUCCUGGUCAGGCUGUGGUUUGGUGCCACCUCAUGGUAAUUGUCUGCUCUGCUUUAACUACUGAUGGUGAAUCAUUUGGGGUCCUGUUACUGGCUGGGACCUCAAAAAUCGCACAAGUCUAGGGCUCUUGAGGGCACCUAUUGAAUUCUUUGAGAGAGAGAGUGUGCAUGUGCCAGUUGGGGAGGGGCAGAGAGAGGGGGAAAGAGAGAGAGAAUCCCAAGCAUGCUCUGUGCUGUCAGCGCAGAGCCCGAUAGGGGGCUCAGUCUCAUGAACUGUGGGAUCGUGACCUGAGCUGAAAUUGAGUUGGUCACUUAGCCAACUGAGCCACCCAGGCGCCCCUCCACCUAUUUCUUUUAAGAUGUGAGUUUUAGGGGCACCUGGGUGGCUCAGUCGGUUGAGCAUCUGACUUUGGCUCCGGUCAUGAUCUCCUGGUUUGUGAGUUUGAGCCCCACGUUGGGCUCUGUGCUGACAGCUCAGAGCCUGGGGCCUGCUUCGGAUUCUGUGUCUCCCUCUUUCUCUGUCCCUCCUGCACUCAUGCUCUGUCUGUCUCUGUCUCUCUCUCUCUCUCUCAGUAAUAUAAUAAAUAAAUGUUAAAAAAUUAAAAAAAAAAAAAAGAUGUGAGUUUUGGCCCAGGGGUGUGCAGCCUGUAGGGGCAGAAUUGCCCUCAGAGUGUAUUCAGUGGCACCACAGCUAUUGAGCUGCUGGCUCUUGGGCCAGUGAGGUGGGAAACCGAGCGUGGGACUCCCAUGCUGAGCCAAGAUCCUCAGAUAGGCUGAAGGGUCCCAGGUUCAUGGUGCCUCUCAGAUACCAGUGGAGGAAAGCUUCCCCUACUUAGAUCUGUGGUGUUCCUGUUUAUAAAGUCAGGUGGUGAGCUUACAGAGAUCACCAGGCACACAGAAAGCUCUCACUGAAUGAGGGUCAAAGAAAACAGCAAACGGUGCACAUCAACCUCAGAACUCAGAUAAUGAAAUUACCAGAUAAUGCAGGCAAGGGAGUAGUUCUGUAUGAAGUGUGUACAGGAAUGAGAAAGCAAUAAAAGGCUAUCAGGUAUGAGCAGGCACAGUUUUUAAAAGACAACUUUUAGAAAUUAAAAGUAUAAUUGUUGAUAGAAUUCACUAGGUAGGUUAAAUAUCAGAUUAGACACUGCUGAAGAAAGCAUUAGUGUAAUGGAAGAUACAUCCAAGGAAAUCCAGAAUACCACACACACAAGGAGAUGGAAAAUAUAAAGGAAAUGUUAAAGGAUUUGUAAAGCAGAAUAAGAAGGUCUGGCAUGGACCUGACAGGAGCCCCAGGAGGAGAGAGUGAAGGAGAGGACACCCAGUGAGGGCCUGCAGUGACAAGCCUCACGAUUAGGCGAAUUCCAACUUCAUCAGCGGCUGGCUGCCACAGCCCACCCGGUCCCUCUGCUCCAGCCAAGCUCAAGCUCUCAUAUUGUGCAAGGUUAAGGAUGGAGGUGAAGGUAGGUCAGGCAGGGAGACGUCAUCCAACCCCACCAGGGGAAGAUGAGUGUUUGCACUCCCAAUUUUAACCAGUCCAGUCUCCCCAUAAUUGGGCCAACAAAAUAAUCAACGAUAGGAAAAGGACAUUGAAAUCAUUACCCACAGCCUGGAAGUUCCAGCCACCCUCAAGACCCAAAACCAUCACCUUCGAUAGUUAAGUCAUAAAAGGCAACUGCAAACAAGUAGUGCCAAUCCACAGCUGAGAGCCUGGAGGGGGCUGGCAUGUAUGCAGGCUCACUCCAUUCUUCACGAGGACGAGAUGCUGUGCUUCACAGGACUGAACUGUUUUGGAACCCCAUUUACAGUAUUCCUACGAGCUUUUCUUUAUUUAAUGAAAAACAUAAAUUCCCAGGUCUGGGAAGCAUGAUGUAGAGGAAGCAGCAAAAUAAAGAGAAAUCCACACCUAAACACAACACAGUGAAAGCACAGACCAGCAAGAAGAGAUCUUUAUGUCCAAGAGACUCAAUCACCCACAAAGCAGCCAUGGUCACACCAUCGGUCGAGUCCUCAAAGCAACAGAGGCAGCAGUCGGUUGGUGCCUCUGACGUGCUGGGAGGAAACCCCUACAACUGCAUGCCCGGCAAAAUUAUUGUUCAUAAAGAAGGUGAACAUGGACAUUCACAGACACAUAAAAUAUAAGACAGUUUACCACUGGAGCUUUGACUGAAACAGCCUCUCCAGUUUACCCUGCAGAACGAAAGCAAAUGAUAGAAUAAUGGUCUUCGACAUGAGGUGGAGCGGUGAGCAAACAAAAUGACUGAUAUGAACUAGGUCCAAGCACCACGUUUCGAACAGGGAUGUCGACUGAAACACUAAACAACAAAGCACGUCUGCUAGAAGGGGGUGUAAAUGCUCGGAGAUCCUCCUACAGUUGGGAAGGGAUGUAAGACUCUAAUAUUUGAUAAAUAUGUGUAAUAUAGGGGUUCCUGGGGCUCAGUCAGUUAAGUGUCCAACUCUUGGUUUCGGCUCAGGCCACAAUCUCACGGUUCAUGAGUUCGAGCCCUGCGUCAGGCUCUGUGCUGACAGUGCAGAGCCUGCUUGGGAUUCUCUCCCCCUCUCUCUGACUCUUCCCCAUUUGUGCCAUCUCUGUUUCUCUCAAAAUAAAUAAACUUUAAAAAUAAAUAAAUAGAAGCACCUGGGUGGUUCAGUCGCUUGGGUGUCUGACUUCAGCUCAGGUCAUGAUCUCAGGGUUCGUGAGUUCGAGCCCUGCAGGGGAUGAGCCCCACUUCUCUCUCCCUGUCUCCACUACAGCACAGCCACCCCUCCAGGGGUGCAGAGGGGCCUACUGGGGCCAGCCUCCCCAGACACAGCCCAAGUAUCCACCAUGCGGGCCUCAUGGGCGACCCGGCCAUGCUCACACCUGGCGAGCGGGCUGAGCGCCUCGUGGGUGGGUGGACACAGGCAGCCUGAUGCUCAGGGUCACCACACCACACGGGGCUCCCUGUCCCCCUUCUGGCCUUAUACUGUUCCACAGUUCUCGGGGAAGGAAGACAGGUGACAGGGGACUUGGUGUCAUAGGCAUGCUAGUCAGAGAGGUGCCCAUCCUACGAAGGGCCUGUGCUGACCGUGGGGGCCCAGGAACCCAGACGACGCUGACCCAGGCCGCCUGCUUUCCCUCCUUGUCUGUGGCCUGCACGCUCAGUCUCGUGAGCCGCUCCCCCAGCUUCUGUAGGAAUCUGGCGAAAGAAGGGCCACACUUCCCAAACUGGCCCCUGGCCCACCCACCGGCCAGGUAAGGCGUCGGCCCACGCGCCUCCCUCGCUGCUGCCCUCCCAGAGUGGAGGGUGAAGCCCCGGGGCCACAGGGCCACUGCCUGCGCCACCAAAGAGCCCUCCACAGGAUGGAGGGAGAGUCAUUCCAGACUUGACUUCACAGAAAGGGACAGUGCAGGCAUCUGAAACACGACAGGCUAAGGGGCAAACAGAAAAGCCUUUCCACGCUUGAGAAGAUGCUCAGCCCCCUUCCACCUUGUGUGUGUGUGUGUGUGUGUGUGACUUUUGAGAGAGAGAGAGAGUCUGAGCGGGGGAGGUGCAGAGAGAGAGAGACAGAGACAGAGAAUCUGAAGCAGGCUCUGCACUGACAGCAGCCAGCCCGACGUGGGCAUGAACACAUGAACCCCGAAAUCGUGACCUGAGCUCAACCGACUGAGCCGCCCAGGCACCCCCCACCCUGUUCCACCUUUUAUAAGAAAAUCAAACGUGUGGCAACUAAGGCCCCCUUACCCUGCUCCACACUCCUUGAGAGAUGCUGGGUACAUGCGGCCCUGGGAUGGCACAGGGCAGACGACGGCGGUGCACACGGGCUUCAACCCCAGUCCUCCUUCCAGGAACUCACAUUCAAGUGCGCCUGGACGUGGGUACGAGUGGACGUGCUGCCGGAGCGGUGUGAAGAGACACUGCGGCAGAGCAGCUUGGAAAGUGGGCAUCUGUCCCCAGGCAGUUGGGGAGUGUGGGCUCCGUGUCCAGGGGCUGCUCUGGGACGACUGCCAGGACAGCACAGGUGAAAAUGCCAAGGUGCCCGAGGGCAGAGGGAGGACAGAAGGCAUUGGGGGGAGAACAGAGGGAGGAGGGGGCAGACCAGAAGCCUCCAGCAGCUGCCUCUGGGGAUCCGGAGGUCAGGAGCGCAUGCAGCCUUAUUCAGAUGAAUGUCCUGUGGCCUAAUCACUUGGCAUUCCUUACACACAUCCCACUAUGAGAAACUCCCCUCUGCCUGUGAGGACACUCGUCACAGUGAGAAAGCUUCUAGAACCACAGCCAUGGCAACGGAGAAUAAAGGGAACACUUCGGUACAGAAACAGGAAGGGUGAGAAGGGCAAACCAGGAGCAAGUAUGCCGACAAGUUAGAUAGUCCAGGAGAGAGGGACUAGCUGAACAGAUGCGAACCACCAAAACUGAUGCAGGAAGAAACGGAAAAUCCAAAAGGCCUAUCACAAGUAAGGAGAAUGAAUCGGCAAUUUAAAAACUUCCCACAAAGAAAAGCCCAGGCCCAGAUGACUUCACUGGCGAAUUCUACAAAACACGUUAAAGAAGCAGCAACACCAGGACCCCUGGGGGCUCAGUCGGGUAGGCAUCCAACUUCGGCCCAGGUCAUGAUCUCGCGGUUCGUGGGUUCCAGCCCCACAUCGGGCUCUGUGCUGACGGCUCCGAGCCUGGAGCCUGCUUCCGAUUCUGUGUCUUCCCCUGUCUCUGCCCCUCUCCUACUUGUGUGCAUGCUCGCUCUCUCUCUCUCUCUCUCUCUCUCUCUC